GGCAUCGGGGCGGAUGUCCACGGUACUUUUGUCGGGGUGUUGUCCGUCCCCCCGGCACACUCACACUCACGGCUGCCUCCAUCUAUCCAUGCAGAGAAGCUCACUUCAUUGUACUGACUCUGCUCAUCAAUUAGGCUAGAAUUAAGCUCUUUUAGAUGCAAUAAUUAUCUUCUAGGGCUUGGAAGAGGAGUGUUGACCUCGGGCAGCGACGCGGAUAAGUUUUGAGGACGGAAAAGCGAAGCGAAAGAGAGAGACUCAGCCAUGCCUUCAGUGAUGGAGCGCUCAGGGGCCGGGGUCCUGUCCAGGAGCAGAGCCAAGACGGUAACCAACGGCAACAGUCAACCACACUCUGAAGAGGAGAGCAGCGAUGAAGAGCACGCUCACGACAGUAUGAUCAGAGUGGGAGGAGACUACCAGGCGCAGAUCCCCGAGUUCAAACCAGACAGUCCAACCCGCUACAGUGAAAAGGACCAGAGGAGCAUGCUGGUCUGGUGUCCCAAUAGUCAGCUCUCUGAUGCAAUGUUGGACGAGUACAUCCUGAUGGCGAAAGAGAAACAUGGAUACAACAUGGAGCAGGCCCUGGGCAUGUUAUUGUGGCACAAACACGACGUGGAGCGUUCCCUAGCUGACCUGGCCAACUUCACCCCCUUCCCAGAUGAGUGGACAGUAGAGGACAAAGUUCUGUUUGAGCAGGCCUUCAGUUUCCACGGCAAGAGCUUCCACCGCAUCCAGCAGAUGCUUCCUGACAAGCUGAUCUCCAGCCUGGUGAAGUACUACUACAGCUGGAAGAAGACCAGGACCAGGACCUCGGUCAUGGACCGGCAGGCCAGGAGGCUGGUCAGCAAGAGAGAGAAAGAUGACAGUAAUGAUGAGCUGGAAGAGGGAGACCCUGGCAGUGACAGCGACUUUGAGAUCGACGCCAAGAAAGAGGCAGUGAAACAGAACCCUAACAGCGCCAACUCUGACAAGGCCAUUCCUGGUCGCUCUGGGCCAGUGAAGAAGGAGAACAUUGGGGCUCAAUACCGCCAUCACCCGCUCAGAGCCCGCCGCAGGCCUCCAAAGGGCAUGCACCUGGAACAGGGUGAUAUCAUGUCCCUGUCGGCUUCCCAUGAUGCCGGAGUGCUAACUAUACGACAGUUGGACACACAGCUGGUGUCACUUAAGAGACAGGUUCAGAGCAUUAAACAGAACAACAGCAGUUUGAAACACACCCUCACCGAGGGACUCGACACUUUCAGACCAUCUGAGCCUGCCCCUAAAAUGAACUCUCGUUGGACCACAGAGGAGCAGCUCCUGGCAGUGCAGGCUAUCCGUCGCUAUGGUAAAGACUUUGCAGCCAUCGCUGAGGUAAUCGGGACCAAGACGCCUGCGCAGGUCAGUUCGUUCUUCGUGACCUACCGGCGCCGCUUCAACCUGGACGAGGUGCUGAGGGAGUGGGCGGCCGAGCAGGUGACCACCAGCCGCGACCAGAGAGACCCCCGGAGGAGCGAGGACAUCGGAGCAGCAGCAGAUGGAGCCGCUGAGGAGGACGAGGUCAAAAUGGAGGACUCUCCGUCGGACGCUGCCAGUGGCUCCUCUCCCCCCUCCUCCACUCAGACUCCCUCUUCCCUCUCUCAGCCUCCUCCUCUCCUGCGUCCGGCCCCUCCCUCCGCUCCCCCCAGCCUCCUCCGUCAGCCACCUCCUCUCCAGACCCGACCGCUCCAGAACCGCACGCCCCACAACCACCCGCCGCCCCCGCUCAUCCGACCCGCCGUCACCUCUUCUUCCUCCUCUUCCGGAGGCUCUGGCCUCAGGGCUUCUCCCCCCAGCUCCUCCACUGCUGCGACCCAGAUGCCUCCAUCGCUGGUGGGGCUCAAAGUGGAGCCAGCCAACUCGCACUGACACACAACACACACACUUAUAAGCAAAGGAAUAGAAACACACACAUAUUAGCAUACAGAUAAACACACAUGCACCAUACGUUCUCUUUUCUCAGAGAAAACCCCAUCUCCGUCACUCCCAUCGCCCCUAGCCUUCCUCUCUGGGACCAGUAUGCAUCACAUGAUGAGUCCCAGAUCCAAUCAGCACGCUCAGGUCCCGAGGUGACAUCACUGCUCUUAAAAAUGCGGCCGCCACUUCACCCGCAACACAGCAGGCCUACUUAAAGACCCUUUAUUGUACUAACAAACACCUACCUCCAGAUUUUAGUCUCCUGGGCAAAAAAAAAAAAAAAAAAAAAAAGAACCUGUUUAUCAUAUUCUGUGCCAUGACUUUUUUUUUUUGAAGAGGCAAAAUAUGUGACAAUUUACCAUGUAAUCUGUGCCUGUGUGCAUGUGUCUGGAUAGAAAAAGAUGACCGAAAGUGACAAGUUGACACAACAGAAGGCCGACAAUGAUUGUUCUGAUGCAUCAUGAGAGGAAAUUCACAGGACCAGCUUUCUUCAGCCUUCUUGUAAUUGCUGAUGAUUUUGAGUUUACGAUACUUCCAGUCAUUUUGAGCCAUUAAACAUCAAACUAAGAACAUUUUCACACCAUGGUUUAUAGUUUCAUUAAUUUACAUUAUAUCUGGUUAUUUUCAGUCACACUGAGAAUUUUGAAAGCAAAAUAAAUUUCCAGGAUUUAUGCACAUCCUCAACAUAUACUGUGUUUCUAAUAUCAGUGUUGGCUCAUUUUAUGCCACUUCCGUCUUCCAUUCACUCUGAUGUGAAAGUAGACCAUGUUUUUUUUGGUCUGCACUUUUGUUAGGUGUGAAAAGUUUUAAUCAAGACCAAAAAAUUCUAAUACAUUUAAGAGCAGACAUGAAGAAAUCAUAUGGUUAACGGAGUUGUCUCAACAUAGUCUAUUUUAUUGUUGCAUAUAUUGCCUCCAUUCAAUAAAACAUGGAAUAAUGGCAUAAAAUAUGAUGAAAGCAGGUUACUUAAUCUUUCUCCCGGGAGUAUAGUUCUUUAGUGAACACACACACACACACACAUAAAACCUACACUACCUAUACUCACCCCCUCCGUGAAAAUGGAAAAAAAAAAAAAAAAAGACACUGGAUCAUCAAGCUGUUGAUAAAUGCCAUGACCACAGAGAGCAAAACCCACUUGCUCAUCUCCAUGGCAACUACUGAACAUCUGGAUUGCGGAGGAGUGCUGUCGAACACACACACUAUAUAUAAGUAUAUAUAUGUUCUUAUGCUCUGUAGGUUCCACUGGGCAGGUAUCAAGUUGUCCAAACAGCUUUGAGG